AUGCGCUCCACCGUAGCAACCGCGGCGGCGCUUUUGCUGCCUUCGACAUCAUGGGCUUUCCUGAAUGCGAGUCAAAACAAUCGGAGUCUGACUAUCGCCAAUGACCGGCUCGUCGCGUCGGUGAGCAAGACAAGAGGAUAUAUUAAUGUCCUCACUCUUGACGGCCAGAACCUCCUUGGGACGGAAGACGGCAACACUGGAGUUGGUCCAUAUCUCGACUGCUACUGCACUCCAAGUGGCUUUUGGACACCCGGCCGGGGCAGCAAUGUUCAGUACCAGCUGUUCAGUGGCAAUGAUUCUACUGGUACCUCAUAUGGUGGUAUCAGCAUGGGCGAGACCUACGCUCCAACUGGGCAGAGGUUGGAGCAAUACUGGUUUUUGAGAGAAGGGGAGACAGGCCUACACACCUUUAGUCGUGUGGUUUACAACAACAAGACCACUCCGUUCUUGCGCAAUCUGCAGGAGUUCCGCACACUAUUCAGACCCAACCAUGAACCGGCACUUUUCACGCACUUCGUCACCAACGAGAAGUUUGCUGCGCCUCGCCCGGAUACCGAGGGUCAGAUUACUGUCCAGGACGCUACGUGGUAUCUGCCCAACAAAGAGAGUCCUUAUGUCGAGGGAGUAGGAGACUACUUCACCAAGUACACUUUCCAAGAUACAUGGCGCGAUCACAAAGCCCACGGUAUGUAUGCCGACGGUACCGGUAGCGCCAAUGGCUCAACUUACGGCGCAUGGCUCGUACACAACACCGUCGAGACCUACUUCAACGGUCCCGUUCAUUCCGAUCUCGUUGUCGAUGGCAUUGUUUAUAACUACAUGGUCUCCAACCACCACGGCAUUCAAACACCCAACAUCACGGAUGGCUUCGAUCGUACCUUUGGACCCCAGUACUUCCACUUCAACUCUGGCGGUUCGCUCGAAGAGCUUCGGGAGGACGCAGAGCAGUACGGUCUUCGUCCAGAGUGGAAUGCCGAAUUUUACGAUUCCAUCGCAAAACACGUACCAAACCUCGUCCCAACAUCAGGCCGUGGUACCUUCAAUGCAAAGAUCAACCUGCCUGCCGGAGCCAAGAAUCCCAUCGCCGUCCUCACAGAAAGCGGCCACAACUUCCAAGACAACGUCUUUGACACCAAAGCGUACCAGUACUGGGAGGACAUUUCCCCAGACGGCGAAGUAACCAUUACCCGAGUAAAGGCAGGAUACUACCGUCUCACCAUCUACGCCGACGGCAUCUUUGGCGACUACUACCAGGACGACGUCUCUGUAUCCGCUGGAGAGGAGACUUCCGUAUCGGCAACAUGGAUUCCCGAAUCCGCAGGCAAAGAACUCUUCCGUAUCGGCACCCCUGAUAAAUCUUCUGGUGAAUACCGCCACGGCUACGCUCAAUCGCCCACGAAACCUCUCCUCACAGAGGAAUACCGUCUCUACUGGGGCGCAUACGAUUUCGUCGACGAGUUCCCCGAGGGUGUGACGUACAAGGUUGGUCAGGACGAUGAAUCCCAGGCACUCAACUACGUCCACUGGGCUGUCUAUGGUGGCAAGGCGAACUACGAGCGCCCGGUACCUGUGCCCGAUCAUCCAUAUAACUGGACUAUCUUGUUCGAUACACAGGCGAAAGAACUGAGCAACAAGACUACCGCUACUUUCACUGUGCAGCUUGCUGGUGCGAAGACGGCAGCAGGAAAUACGGAUGUGUUCAACGCAAGUGAACCGUACUCGAAUCUACCUUUUACCGUCAAUGUGAACGGCAAGGACCUUGAGCCAUGGAUCAUUCCAUACAACCAAUCCUCAUCUUGCGCUGUCCGCUCUGCAGUCAUCUGCUAUAAUCUCGCACACAAGUUUCUUUUCCCGACUUCUAUGCUGAAGGACGGUGAGAACAGUCUGAUACUGAGCCUACCGUACAACGGGACAAACUACGAGAGUGCGUUGUUGCCCGAGUCGGUGUAUGUACAGUAUGAUGCGAUGAGAUUGGAGGUGAAGUAG